AUGGCGACGACUUGGGAUAUCGAUCGUGAACCAGUGGGAUGCUGGCCGUCCGACGUUUUGCCGAUCGCGCGCCACCAUUCAGUACGCAAAGUGUUUUGUUAUCCUGUUCUCUCGUCUAUUUUUUACACCUCUUACUUGUAAAACUACUGCCAAGGUACAUGUGUCAAAGGGUGGAACUCUAUCGCAGCGAGUGCCCGCGAGUGUCUUAUCUUUGCACGCACUUGUAAACAGCACCGAAAAUGCGGAUAACGGUGCUUACAGUUUUGCUCAAUGUCUUUAGCAUCGCUUUUGGAAACACAGUUUUCGAAGCAAAUCCUGAUACGAAGAGACUCUACGACGAUUUACUGUCCAAUUAUAAUAGAUUAAUACGUCCCGUUAUUAAUAAUACAGAGACUUUAACAGUUUGGUUAAGUUUAAAACUGUCACAAUUAAUAGAAAUGAAUCUAAAGAACCAAGUGAUGACGACCAACGUCUGGGUAGAGCAGAAAUGGUUUGACUAUAAAUUACAGUGGGAUCCACAAGAGUAUGGUGGAAUAGAUAUGUUAUACGUGCCUUCCGAGAACAUAUGGCUUCCGGAUAUCGUCCUAUACAAUAACGCAGAUGGAAAUUACGAAGUAACGUUAAUGACGAAGGCCACUUUAAAAUAUACUGGAGAAGUAUUUUGGAAACCACCAGCCAUUUAUAAGUCAUCUUGUGAGAUUAAUGUAAAAUAUUUCCCGUUUGAUGAGCAAUCGUGUAUUAUGAAAUUUGGCUCAUGGACUUACAAUGGUGCUCAGGUAGAUUUGAAGCAUAUGAAACAGGAGGCUGGUAGCAAUUUUGUUCCAAUCGGCAUAGAUCUUACUGAUUUUUAUCUAUCUGUAGAAUGGGAUAUCCUGGAAGUACCAGCUACUCGCAACGAAGAAUAUUAUCCAUGUUGUACGGAACCUUAUUCGGAUAUUACAUUUAAUAUUACGAUGAGAAGAAAAACUCUAUUUUAUACUGUCAAUCUUAUUAUUCCCUGCAUUGGCAUCACAUUUUUAACGGUAUUGGUUUUUUAUCUACCCAGCGAUUCUGGUGAAAAAGUAUCAUUAUGUUCUUCCAUUCUCCUCUCAUUGACGGUGUUCUUCUUGCUCUUAGCUGAGAUUAUUCCACCAACAUCGUUAGCUAUACCUUUGCUUGGAAAAUAUUUAUUGUUCACCAUGAUUUUAGUUACUUUAUCCAUUUGGAUCACUGUCUGCGUCUUAAAUGUACACUUCCGAUCUCCUUCCACGCAUAAUAUGUCGCCAUGGGUAAGACAAGUAUUUCUGAAUUGGAUGCCGAGAGUAUUAAUGAUGCGUCGCACGCCAUAUUCUACACCAGAAUAUGAUGAUACCUACACUGAUAAUGCAUACACCAACGAGAUAGAUUACAGUGUAAGUGACUAUCCUUUGGAACUAAAAGGAAGUCCAGACGCGUUUGAAAGUGUUACUUCAACGUAUAAAAGUAUUAGAGAUGACGAUGCACGGCAGCCGCAUGCAUCAGUUACUGACAGCGAAAAUAUGAUGCCAAAACACUUAUCCCCAGAUGUUAUAUCAGCUCUUCAAGGUGUGCGCUUCAUUGCUCAACAUAUAAAAGAUGCAGAUAAAGAUAAUGAGGUCAUAGAAGAUUGGAAAUUUGUAGCUAUGGUUUUGGACAGAUUUUUUCUUUGGAUAUUUACAUUCGCAUGUUUCGGUGGCACACUGGGCAUAAUAGGUGAAGCACCUAGCCUGUACGACACGCGAGAACCUGUGGACCAACGACUUUCUAGUAUAACAUUCCGCAAAUAUAUGUAUCCACCGGGAGUAAACGGGACUUUUGACGAGUUCUAAUUAUCAUGACACGCAUAAAGUAAUUCGCGUGUAAAUAAUAAUGGCAUGCUAUGUCAUAUGUAUUCCAUUAAUCACAUUCGACACGUACCCUUUUCCUCUAUAUUUCUCCCAUCAAAAUAUAGUUUUCCAUGUAAUUCAAAACUACAAAUCUACAAAUAGUUUUCCAAUUUCUUGAAACACUAAUCCUACUGAGUAAACAGCCAUUGUAACAUUGUCAGACAUUAGGUCACUUAUUCCAUUGGUACAAAAGAUAAUUUAAUAUCAACUGAAACAUGUAGGAACUUUUUGGAGUAAUCACUCGAUAAUUAUAUGUAUUCUUUUUUAUUUAAAAUCUAGAUAUUAUACAAAAGUUCAAGAUUAUAUACUAUAAUUUACGCAAUUAAAUCUGUUCUUUAUACCAAUAUUGUUAUAUUUUUGCCUUCAAAAUGAUAUAUAUGUCUAGUUAAGUGUUAAAAAAAAUAAAAAACAAAAAUAUAGAAAAUUUGGCGAUAAA